UUUUUUGUUUUCGGUAAAACGCAUUGCCAUAGUAUCUUGUUUAUUGGCUUGUGUAAAGCUGUCAUACAAUGGAAACAGAAAAAUUAACUCUAGUUCAGGGUUUCAGAUGCAUAGAUACAAGGUUCAACGAGAAGUGCAAGGCAGGACACAUGCUAUUCUUUAAAGAACAUGCUGUUCGAAAUUCACAUCCUUCAAAACCUAUUGGAAAAACACUUUUUGUUCUCAAUGUUCCUCCAUAUUACACAGAGGAAUCAGUCAAACAAUUGUUCAGUGAAGCAGGGUUUGUGAGCUCUGUUAGUUUUGAAGAAAAACCAUCUGGAACAAAAGAAAUGACAAACAGCAAUUCAUUUUUUUCCCCAAUGCACAUUAAAGGUUUCAAAGUUGGAUAUGUGGUGUACAAAAAUGCAUCUUCGUUAAAAAAAGCAAUGAAGAUGAAAUGGCAAACAAAUGUUUUUAGCAUCAAUGACAACCCAAUUAAAACAGGACUUGAAAAAUGGAUUUUAGAAUAUGAAUCGUCUUUCAUUGAUCCAAAAGAGCUUCAGGCAGAAAUCAACAAUUACAUGAAAGAAUUUGAUGAAAGGAAAAAAAGGGAAGAGGAAGAAGAAAAACUUAAAGAGGGACAACCUGAUAACGAUGGAUGGAUAACAGUCACAAAACAUAGUAAACAUGCAGCAAGAACAGAGACAAUGGAGAAGAAAGUUAUGGAAAAGGAAAAGCAGAAACAGAAAGAUAAAAAGCUAAUUAAUUUUUACUCUUUCCAAAUGAGAGAAACAAAAAUGGAGCAUUUAACACAGCUGAGGAGAAAAUUCGAAGAUGACAAGAAAAGAAUCGCAACAAUGAGAGCUGCUAGGAAGUUCAAACCUUACUAGCAUUUGGAAAUUGAAAUGCACUUUGUUGGGUUUUUUUUUUUUUCAAUACACUUACAUAUUGUAAGUAA